AGAGGGAGGGGGUGAGAGAGGGAGAGAGAAUGAGAAAGGGAGAGAGGGGUGACAGGGAAGAUGGUAAGGUCUACUCUUUGAGAAACUGUGACACCCCUGAGGACAGAACGAUCUCAGUGUGUGUCUCAGAGUCCCCACAAAGGGCCCCCUAUAGGGGAAGUGGAGGGGGAAGGGAUUGGAUUUGUGAUGCCCCUCAAAGGGCCCAUAAGGAGGUGAAGAGGCAGGGGAGGGGAGGAGGACGAGGUGGGAGGAGCGAGAGGGGAGGAGGAAGGAGUGGGAGGGAAGGAGGAAGGGUCGGGAGGGAGACUGACAGGGAGGAAGACACCGGACAGAUAGUAUCUGAGAUUAAGGUAUGUAUGAGCAGUAGCAGCAGCUCAGAGACACAGGACUGCAGAGAGGCUGCUAUCAGGCCCAGACCACCAAGGCCAAGGCCCAGGCCUAGAUCCGGGCCCAGUUCCAGCACCCCACAACCUCACCAGACACAAUCCCACACCCAGACCCGUCCAAAACAGGCCUACCAGACCCACACCUACCUGACAGAGUGCCAUACCGGACCAACAAAAGCCCACCCAGCACAGAACCAUCACCUAGAGGCUCAGAGCGACGCCCGACAGAGCCAGCAGACUAAGACACAGGACUGCAGAGACGGUGCCAUCAGUUCUAUACCUAGAUCUGACUUCAUCACACCACACCCUCACCCUCCUCAAACCCCGGCCCAAACGCAGCACAGCCAGGCCCAGCAGACACACACCCAGCCUCCCCAGAUCUGCCCAAAACAGGCCCAUCCGGCAAAGACUCACACCCACCCGACACAGGCCCAGACCCAGGCCCGACAAGUCAUGCCGACACAGGCCCAAAACCACAAGAGACAAGCACCCACCCAUCCGACACAGGCCCAGACACUGCAGCACCACAGAGAAGGUUCCACCAGGCCCACCUUUGACUGCCCUCCCACUCACCAGACCCAGAUCCAGCAGACUCAGCAUCGCAGAGAGAGUCUCACCACUGAGCCUACACACAGCCAGGAGAGCCAGGCCCAGACCCAGCAGUCAGAGGACCAGACCCAAGCCUGGCAAAUUCAGGAUCGGAGAGGGAGUCCCAUCACUUCUGACCCCCCUCCCGCCCACCAGACCCAGGCCCAGAACCAUCCUCAGCAGCAAGAGGCCUGGCAGACCAUGCAACACCAUAGAGAGAGCCUUACCAGCCCCAGGCCCGACUCUGACUCCCCACCCAGUAAAGCCCAAAAUGACCAGUUUCAGUCCCAGCAGCACUACAGAGAGAGUCUCCCCAGGUCCCGGCCCACUUCUGCCUCCCCUCCCAGCCACAAGACCCAAAUACAGGACCACACUCCCCACACCCGACAGACACCGCAGCAUCGCAGAGAGAGCACCACCAGUCCCAGGCCCCCCUCUGACUCCCCUCCCCUCCAGGAGAGCCACCAGGCCCACAUCCAGGCCCACUCUUUUCAGACUGAGAGCCAGGGCAGACAGACCCAGCACUAUUGCAGAGAGAACACCACCAGCCCAAGGCCUACUUCUAACUCCACUCCUAGCCUGGAGAGCCAUCCACGGGCUGUCAAUGUAUCACCAGCUUCACAUCAGAACACAGAGCCACAGAGGGAGUCCCCAGAGGAGAGACAGACAAGGACACAGACACAGAUGCCUCACAAUGUCCCAGAGCAGCAGCCUGGCAGGCCCCAGUGCCCAGAGCCCCGUGCCCUACAGAAGGACAGCAACAACACACCUCAGCCUGAACCAACACAGAACAACGCCUCGUUCCCCAGCUUUGUGGAUGUCCCAGGUCCGUGUGAGCCGGAGGACCUGAUCGAUGGGAUCAUCUUUGCUGCUAACUACCUUGGUUCCACACAGCUGCUGUCUGACAAGAAUCCAUCUAAAGGAACACGCAUGGCCCAGGCGCAGGAGGCUGUCAGCCAGGUCAAGAGCCAAGAUGAAGACUCUCAGAUGGUGACAGAAGUUGACCUCUUCAUCUCCACCAAAGCAGUCAAAGUGCUGAAUGCUGACACGCAGGAGACGCUGAUGGACAGUGCGUUGCGUUCCAUAUCCUACAUCGCAGACAUCGGGAGCAUCGUGGUUCUGAUGGCCCGUACCCGUAUGGCAGGAACAUCCUCACAGGACUGUAGUGAAGCUGAUCUCUCCUCCUCAGAGGGACAGAGACACUACAGAAUGAUCUGCUAUGUCUUUGAGUCAGAAGACGCCCAGCUCAUUGCCCAGUCCAUCGGACAGGCAUUCAGCGUUGCCUACAGGGAGUUCCUCCGAGCCAAUGGGAUCAAUCCUAAGGACCUGAGUCAGAAGCAAUACAGUGACAUCAUCAAUUCCCAGGAAAUGUACAAUGACGACCUGGUCCAUUUCUCAAACUCUGACAACUGUAAAGAGCUGGAGUUGGAGAAGCAGAAGGGUGAGAGCCUAGGUGUGGUGAUAGUGGAGUCUGGCUGGGGCUCCAUCCUGCCUACGGUGAUCCUAGCUAACAUGUUGAACAGCGGCCCAGCUGCCCGCUCUGGGAAGCUCAACGUGGGAGACCAGAUCAUGUCCAUCAACAACACCAGCCUGGUAGGGCUACCACUAGCUACCUGCCAGGGUAUCAUCAAGGGUCUGAAGAGCCAGGUUCAGGUGAAGCUGAGCAUCGUGAGUUGUCCUCCUGUCACCACUGUCCUCAUCAAGAGACCCGACCUCAAGUUCCAGCUGGGCUUCAGUGUUCAGAACGGCAUUAUCUGCAGUCUGAUGCGCGGCGGUAUCGCAGAGCGAGGAGGGGUGCGAGUCGGCCACAGGAUCAUUGAGAUCAAUGGGCAGAGUGUGGUUGCCAUGCCGCAUGAGAAGAUAGUCCAGACCCUGUCUGUAUCAGUGGGAGAGAUCAACAUGAAGACCAUGCCUGCAGUGAUGUUCAGACUGUUAACAGGACAGGAGACUCCUGUUUACAUCUAGUCUCUCCAUGCCUGCUCCCUCAAUGGCACCCUUUUCCCUGUGUAGUGCACUACUUCUAACCAUGGCCCAUAUGGCUGUGGGUUCACUAUGUGAGGAAUAGGGUGGCAUUUGGUACUCGUACUCUCUCACUGCUUCUGCAUGUCUAGGAGAAAGAUGGUGGACAGACAGGAUGGGUGACAGGCAGAGGAGGCUGGUAUUCCAGCCAUUCCAAUGAGCCUGUCCUCCGGUUUAUAGUGACACCAGCCUCCACUGGUGACAGGGUGGUGGUACAUUAGCAACAUUCAUUUUUUAUAUAUCAUUUUAUUUCAUUCAUUUCAACAACAACAACAAAAAUUCAACUUCAGGCUUAGUUGGAGUAGCCUGGAUAACACAUUGUUUGGCGAUGACGCGUAGUACAAUGUUAGCUAAACAGACUGGUACCAGGCUAUAAUUGAACAGCUACACGGUCAUAAUGGUUUGAUGUGUACAGUGUGUGUGUGUGAAUACUGUUAAAAUAACUGUAAAUGCAAGGUAAAUUAUUAUGUUCUUAUGACUAGAUUGCAAACGUGCCACAAUUUAUUUCCAAUUUAAUAACAUGCAAGAUUAAACAAUGUAGUGACAUAAAUGUGUUGAUACAGUAACUGAACUUAUUGUAGGGAAGGGGUUGGUCUGUCGUUAUUCUUCAAUAGCAGGGAUAUUUAAGCUACAUACCUAAACAGCAUAGGACAAGGCUAUUCUUCAAUAGCAGGGGUAUUUAAGCUAUGUCCUGUGUAUACCUAAACAGCAUAGGACAAGGCUAUUCUUCAAUAGCAGGGGUAUUUAAGCUAUGUCCUGUGUAUACCUAAACAGCAUAGGACAAGGCUAUUCCUCAAUAGCAGGGCUAUUGUUGCCUGGUCUGUCAUUGGAGCCUGCCGUGCCAAUGCAUAACUACUACCUUGGGAGUUGGUAAGACAACAACACAGACCGAUCUGGGGACCAGGCUAGGGGGGGGGGGGUAUUGAGCAAAAGAAGACAAUGUAAUGUAGUGUGUCCCAAAUCACACCCUUUCCACUGGGAACAGAUAUCAGUUCCAAUGUCUAGUUUUGAUUUACAUUUGGUUGAGUUUGUCAAAUAAUGUGAAUUCAACGUGAAAUCAACAACAACAACAACAACAACAACAACAACAACAACAACAACAUUUCACCAUGUCAUUGGAUUUAUCUUACAUUUUUUUUUGGUGGGGGGGGGGGGCGUUGAAGUGUCGUGGAAACGAUCGAUUCAACACGUUUUUUUGUUGUCCGGUGGGUAUUCCCCUAGAUAGUGCACUAGUUUUGACCAUGCGAGGUCCAUAGGGCUCUAAUCAAAAGUAGUGCACUGUGUAGGGAAUAGGGUACCCUUUGGAACUACAAACCAGUGUCUGGAAGCUGUCCUUUUCUCUCUAUACUGCCUUGGAUGUAACAAAGGUUUAAAUAUAACAUUAUGGCAAUGCUGAAAGCCAAAGAUAAUACUGCGACAUGUAUUCUUAAAAAAAAAAAAAAUGAACGAGUGCACUGUUAAGGAUAUAAGGGGGGGAGGGGCAUUUUGGAAUGCAGAGCAGGUAUAAUGAGAAUGUAUAAACUUGUUUAGUUGCUGUAUUGUGAGAAGCUAAGAAUAUACUGUGAUUAAUGAAAUGUUAAUGACAAUGCUUAAUAUUGCUUUCCAAAUACGUUACAAAAAAAAUGACAAAUAAAAGGGAUUUAUGACAUGCAAUGAUGAAAAUAAAGUAAGUACAUGAAAGUCAAGUGGUUCAUGAGGUUGAGGACAACGGCUAAAUGCCAGAUGGCACCCUAUUCCCAUAGGGUUCUGGUCUAAAGUAGUGCACUAUAUAGGGAAUAGGGCUCUGGUCUAAAGUAGUGCCCUAUAUAGGGAAUAGGGCUCUGGUCUAAAGUAAUGCCCUAUAUAGGGAAUAGGGCUCUGUAGGGCUCUGGUCGAAAGUAGUGCCCUAUAUAGGGAAUAGGGCUCUGGUCUAAAGUAAUGCCCUACAUAGGAAAUAGGGCUCUGUAGGGCUCUGGUCGAAAGUAGUGCCCUAUAUAGGGAAUAGGGCUCUGGUCUAAAGUAAUGCCCUAUAUAGGGAAUAGGGCUCUGGUCUAAAGUAAUGCCCUACAUAGGGAAUAGGGCUCUGUAGGGCUCUGGUCGAAAGUAGUGCCCUAUAUAGGGAAUAGGGCUCUGGUCUAAAGUAGUGCCCUAUAUAGGGAAUAGGGCUCUGGUCUAAAGUAAUGUCCUACAUAGGAAAUAGGGCUCUGUAGGGCUCUGGUCGAAAGUAGUGCCCUAUAUAGGGAAUAGGGCUCUGGUCUAAAGUAGUGCCCUAUAUAGGGAAUAGGGCUCUGGUCUAAAGUAAUGCCCUACAUAGGGAAUAGGGCUCUGUAGGGCUCUGGUCGAAAGUAGUGCCCUAUAUAGGGAAUAGGGCUCUGGUCUAAAGUAGUGCCCUAUAUAGGGAAUAGGGCUCUGGUCUAAAGUAAUGCCCUACAUAGGGAAUAGGGCUCUGUAGGGCUCUGGUCGAAAGUAGUGCCCUAUAUAGGGAAUAGGGCUCUGGUCUAAAGUAAUGCCCUACAUAGGGAAUAGGGCUCUGUAGGGCUCUGGUCGAAAGUAGUGCCCUAUAUAGGGAAUAGGGCUCUGGUCUAAAGUAAUGCCCUACAUAGGGAAUAGGGCUCUGUAGGGCUCUGGUCGAAAGUAGUGCCCUAUAUAGGGAAUAUGGCUCUGGUCUAAAGUAGUGCCCUAUAUAGGGAAUAGGGCUCUGGUCUAAAGUAAUGCCCUAUAUAGGGAAUAGGGUGCCAUUUGGGACGUAGGCGACUUGUUUGUUCACUACACAAUGUCAUGUUCAUUACACAAGAAGCAGAUCAUCAAUGACUUGAAUACCUGACUCAACGAUGUCCAUUAAAAGUAUGUGAAUCUCA